GUUCGGGGAAGGUUCUGACACCAGGGAUUAUCGCAAGAUGCCCGUCGGAGGGACUGCUGGUCGGUGUACAGCUGGCAACGGACACACUCCUGGACCAGCUGGCUGCUCUGGCGACUCACACAGUCACAGGGCUAGUCAUUUAUGGCUCACGAUCCGUGACAGCGGAAGCGACGGGACGCCUCCUGACUGCCCUCACCGGCUUGAAGGACGCCACUGUUUUCGGAUCCGGCGUCAUUUGCGACACUGUGCUGUCCGCCCUUCACGGCUGCUGCCAGCUAGAUACGGUGCAGCUUAAUGACACCCGGCCCCUCACGGACAUCCCUGCCCUGACCCAGUCAGAAGUGGCAGCGGUCAGCAGGAUGGCAGUAACCUGCAGGAAACUGAAGAACCUGCACCUAAUCUCCUCAAUCGAAAACCGCCAGGCCGUCCUGAACGCCCUGCACGAGACAGACCUGGGAUGUGACAGUGGCCAGGCCCGUACCAUCAAGCUCGUUGUCUCCAAAAUGGAGCCCAGGCAGCUCCAAGAGGAGGUUAUCCAGAUGAAAGAAGAGAUGGCACUUCUGAAGGAGGAAAUGACACAUCCUAAUCAAGAGUACAUUGCCCGUUUGGAUGGGGAACUGACCACACUGAAGAAAAACUGCGACUCACUGAGUGAACAGGUGGUCGGCCUGGAGGGAGAAGUGACCACACUGAAGAAGGAGGCUGUCCUCGAGGAGCGCACCACUCGCCAGGUCGUCGUGGAGGAGCUGCGGCAGGAGGUCCGCCGGCGAGCGGCGCCAUCCGACCGCUCCCAGGGUGACGACGAAGAGGUGGUCUCACUGAAGGCCGACACCUGUGACAAGUGUGACGCCACCACCAGUUGUGACGUCACACCAACUACGGAGGAGGCGGGGCCGGCGUCCGGUAAGCGUAGGCCGCCUGCGGCUCGCGGUACCAACAUCUACCACCUGGACACCGAGCUGCUGAAGAUGGUGAUGAGCAAGAUGGACUGUAGGGAUAUGUUCCGCGCCAGACGGGUCUGCCGUCGGUGGCGGUCCGCCGUCGACGAUAUCGUCGGCGACUGUCGGCGGGAGCUAACCGAUCAACAAACCCGCGGUGGAGAGGUCGCUACGCCGGUCACGAGCCUAGAGCUCGUAUUGAAGGUGCAGGACCAGCCGAAGAUGACUGAACUGCAGGCGCCGACCGCUGGGACGGACACCGACCUCCGACUGGUCGCAGCCACCUGCCACGCCCUGGAGAAGGCCAACCUGCGCGGCUUCAAGCUGCGGGUCUCUGCCCUGCGCCGGCUGGCGCGUGCCAACGCCUCCAGUCUGCGUGAACUGACGCUGCCGGCCGGCAUCAGCGACUGGCAGCUGGAGGCGCUGCUGGAGCCGCUGAAGGCUCUGGAGCGGCUCGAUGUGAGCCCACCCGUGGACAGCUCCGGCAAGUGGCUUCGGCUGCUGCCCAAGUCGCUGACGAGACUGGACAUCACUGGGUCGGGGAUGACUCGAACAUCGCAGAAUUUUAGAAGAUGUCCGUCGGAGGGACUGCUGGUCGGUGUACAGCUAGCGACGGACACACUCCUGGACCAGCUGGCUGCUCUGGCGACCCGCUCAGUCACCGAGCUGUUCAUUCGUGACUCACCGUCUGUGACACCGGAAGCGACGGGACGCCUCCUGGCUGCCCUCACCAGCUUGAGAGACGUCGCUGUCCUCAUUCCCGGCGUCAUUUCCGAAACUGUGCUGUCCGCCCUCCACGUCUGCUCCCAGCUGGAUACACUGGAGCUGAAAGACACCCGGCCCCUCACGGACAUCCCUACCCUGACCCAGUCAGAGGUGGCAGCGGUCAGCAGGAUGGCAGUGACAUGCAGGAAACUGUAUAGACUGCUCCUAAGCUCCUCACUCAAAAACUGCCAGGCCGUCCUGACCGCCCUGCACAAGACAGACCUGGGAUGUGACAGUGGCCAGUCCCGUACCAUCAGCCUCUGGGUCCCCAAGUCUAUAAAAGACGAGAUUGAUGAGCCCUCCGACAGUACCAUCUGCGUGGAGUACUACGACAGCCACUAG